CUACCAUCUUUUUUCCUUACCACGCGUACAUACAGUCAAUUAAAUUUCUAACCUCAAAUUGUCAAAUAAGAAGUUUGCGUAGCAAACAACAUAUUCACAAAUGUGUUUGAAAUGUUAAACAUUGUGUGUUUCUUAUUUAGAAACAGAUAUUAGUAUUAUCCUUUUAUGAGAUACAUCUCGUGGCUGAUUUGUUUGAUAUAAAUUUUAUUACCAAAAUAUCAUUAAUACAUAAAUGCUUCGAAUUAACGUUUGUGAUAAAUGUUUAUAAUAUGUAUUAUUUAUAUUGUCAUGUAAUGUUUGUACAUCUAAUGAAGCAACAUUUAUACAUACUAAAAGAUUCAUUGAAUUUUCAAAAUUAAAAGAAAAUGGAUAAUUCGAUAAAAUUGGUUAUAUAUAAAGGAAGCUGGAUUUUUGAUAGCAUUAUUAUUACACCCUAUUAUGUGAUUAGAUAUGAACAAAAAAUUAAAGACAAAAAUAGCAGUCAAAAAACUGUUAACGUAAACAAAUUCCAUAAAAACAAUUUGGUAGAAGUAAAUAAAAUUUGUUUAAACAGAAAGGGAUAUAAUGCCUAUUUUGUAUCGGCGUAUGUUGUAACAUUAAUAAAAUCACAGACAUAUCGUAGAGCUGCUUUUAACAAGUUAUUACAAUAUUUAAUGUAUCAAUUAUCAGACAAAAUAAAUAUAGAGGUGAUCUUAAUGAAACUACGUACACCUAAAAAACAAUUUUUAGAUUAUAAGUGGAAUGAGAGGAUAACCCAGAUGGCAUUGGAAAGAAGAGAAGUUGAUCACGCUAUGUCUUGGUUAUCUACUUUAGGAGGAGCAUUUUCUGCUCUAGGAGAAGAAUUUCAGCAUUGUGCUGAAAUGGCUGGCAAAAUUUCUAUAAAGCAGUUCAAAUUAGCACUUCGUCUUGGAGAUCCCCUUUUGGUUGCUCGUUGUAAACUAUAUGCUGCAUUAAGUUUAAUUCAGCAAGACCAUUUAAAAACACCACAAAAAAUAGUUAAAAAUGUCUAUAAAUUUUCGAUUAAUCAUAAUGAUAUUCGUUUACAAAAGAUGUGUCGAGGUAUAUGGGCUAAACUUAAAUAUUGUUACGAAAUACGAAAAGUACGGCAUAAAAUUAAUCGAUAUUAAUUAUACAACUAUCAUAGUUUAGGAUUAGGCUAACUGAACUUCACAUUCAUGUUUGAAAAUAAAUAAUAUGUACAAAAUACUGUUUCUAAAAAUA